GUUAUUGUAGCGGCGUGACGUCACCUCGGUCUCUUUCGUGCCGACCCUUAAUCAUGGUUUUUGAACGCUUCGUGGAGAUCGGCCGUGUGGCCUUUGUGGCCGUUGGCAAGAACAGGGGUACUCUCUGCGCCAUCGUUGAUGUCAUCGACCAGAAAAGGGCCCUGGUGGACGGCCCGUGCACCGGCUUCCCCCGCCAGCAGAUCCGGCUGAAGAAGCUCCACCUGACCUCCUUCAAGAUCCGCAUCCCCCACUCGGCCCGCACCGGCACGGUCCGCAAGGCGUGGGAGAAGGCCGAAGUGGAGAAGAAGUGGCGGGCCACCACCUGGGCCAAGAAGCUGGCCGCCAAGAAGAGGAAAGCCAACAUGACAGACUUUGACCGCUACAAGCUCAUGAGAGCCAAGCAGAAGAGGACACGCAUCAUCAACACCGAGGUGAACAAACUGAAGAAAGCGAAGAAGGAGGCUGCCGCUGCCAAGUAGACGCGGUCGCCAUCCGCCACGCCGCCGUCACCUGAGCAAGGCAUCUUACAGAAAGCGCACCCUCUUGGGGUGCUAGUUUCUUGAACUAGCACAGCCAGGGAAAUUGUUUCCUUUAAACUUUUUUUGGCUUUGUAGUAAAGAUCAAGACUGUCCUCUCAGAAGCGAUGUAAAUCCGUUGGUUCAGCCAAAUCGAAUCAGGUCACUGUUUGAGUAAUAAACGGAAUGGUGAAGAAAAAUGAC